AUGGCAGCCUCAACACCUUCGCCAGAUCUUGAGGGGUCAUCGUCUUCUCCCGCAGAUGGGCACUCGCAAAGGUCGAGAAAUGCCUCAAUUGGCUCGGAGGAGGCGUCGGGGAACCCUGAACAUGAGGACGCGGAAAAUGAAAAGAGGCACUCUGACGAGUCGCUGUAUCCGCCCCACGACGGCGUCAAGGAGAGAGACAGGGACUCGGACACGGAGCGUUCGAGUGAAGUUCGGUGCCCGCCGAUAACAAGGACUGUCUCGGAGGUGCACGACGGCAUUGAGAGCCGGAGGGAUGUGGAAAUAGGGGAUGGGGUCGAGCAGCAAGCUGGUGUCGGGAGCCAGGAAGAUCCGAAUCUAGUCACUUGGGACGGGCCAGACGACCCCCAGAACCCGAAGACGUGGACGAUGAGGAAGAAAUGGGCAGCAGUCACCAUAGUGAGCCUCUUCACUCUGAUCUCACCCUUAGGGUCCACCAUGAUCGCCCCGGCCCUCACCGCGAUCGGCCGCGACCUCUCGAUCCCGAGCGCCUUUGACCAGGCCCUAACGCUCUCCAUCUUCAUCCUCGCCUACGCCGUGGGGCCGCUCUUCCUGGGCCCCAUGUCGGAGCUCUACGGCCGGGUGCCCGUCCUGCAACUCUCCAACCUCGUCUUCCUGUUCUUCAACCUCGGGUGCGGCCUGGCGCAGACCAAGGGCCAGAUGAUGGGGUUCCGCUUCAUGGCCGGGCUGGGCGGGUCCGCGCCGCUGGCCAUCGGCGGCGGCGUGCUGGGGGACCUCUUCACGGCGGAGCAGCGCGGGCGGGCGAUGAGCAUUUACAGCCUCGCGCCGCUGCUCGGGCCGGCGAUAGGGCCGAUCGCGGGCGGGUUCGUGACGCAGCGCACGAGCUGGCGGUGGGUGUUCUACGCGACGACCAUCGCCGACGCCGUGAUUCAGCUGGCGGGGCUGUUCCUGCUGCGGGAGACGUUCGCGCCGGUGCUGCUGGCGCGCAAGAGGGCGCGGCUGGUGCGCGAGACGGGCAACGCGGCGCUGCACACCGAGUACGACCGGCCCGAUAGGACGGUGACGCAGACGCUCACGAACGCCCUGACCAGGCCGUUCCGGCUGCUCGGCACGCAGGUCAUCGUCCAGGUGCUGGCGCUGUAUCUCAUGUUCCUGUACGGCCAGCUGUACCUGCAGCUGAGCACGUUCCCGCGCCUGUGGGAGACAAAGUACGGCGAGAGCGUCGAGAUCGGCGGCCUCAACUACAUCUCGCUCGGGCUGGGCCUCUGGCUGGGCUCGCAGAUCUGCGCGCCACUGCAGGACCGCGUGUACGCGUGGAUGAAGCGACGCGAGGGCGUCGAGGUCGGGCGGCCCGAGUUCCGCACGCCCAUGAUGAUCCCGGGCGCGGUGGCCGUGCCGGUGGGCCUGCUCAUCUACGGCUGGGGCGCGCAGUACCGGGUGCACUGGAUCGUGCCCAACAUCGGGGUGGCCAUCUUCGCGGCCGGCACCAUCAUCGGCUUCCAGUGCAUCCAGGGCUACCUCGUCGACUCGUACACGCUCUACGCCGCGAGCGCCGUCGGCGCAGGCACCGUCCUGCGCAGCCUCGCCGGGUUCGGGUUCCCACUCUUCGCCCCGCAGAUGUACGACCGCCUCGACUACGGCUGGGGGAACACCACCCUCGCCCUCGUCGCCGUCGUCAUCGGCUGGCCCGCGCCGAUCCUGCUGUGGAAGUAUGGCGAAAAGCUCCGCAAAAGAAGCCCGUUUGCCGCGGGCGGGUAGGGUGUUGGGGGGUCACGUAUAGUAUCAGGCCACACGCCAAUACUGAACUAUGGAAUCUGUACAAAUCUAAUCAGUCCUCAGCAACAAUCCGUACGAGCUUCUAACUAGCCUACUCAAAGCGCCAAAACCAUGAGCCCUCGUAUCUUCUCCUAUGCUCUUUGUUGACAUGUUAUCUACGAAUAUGGGAACCCACACUCUGCAUCUUGGAUGAAUCAGUUAGUAUUUGCUAUCAUCCAGCUUAGUGAUGGUGAAUAUAUCAGCGGGGUGAUGCUUAUAGCCAGGGUGAAGCCAUAUAGUUAGGAUACAGGGCAGAAGGAAAGGAGCUCACUCUAAAAGUUAGGUUCCUAGCAGUUCAACUUAGCCG